CACUAUCUAGUUUCUAAACCUGUCGUCAAAGGUUUUGAACAAUAGUCUCGUGUUCAUUGGGUCUUGGGGCAGUGAUUCCGUCAAAUCAGGCUUAAGGGAGGUGUGAUCUGAUCUGCAGAUCUCAGUCUUCUCUUGUUCCUCUCGAAGAUCAAGAUUUCUCAUCGAACUCCUCCGCCAGAUGAGCGUUUCCGGCGGCGAGUGCCAAAACAUCGACACACAGCUGCUGUUAUGUGUCUUUUCUUUGUUUGCUCUGAAACUUUGGCAACGGGUUGGAAAACAAUAAAAGACACGCCUUGUAAGCAGCAACAUUGGCACACUUUUGACAUGUAAAAGCACAAUUUCAAAUGGUGGCUAGUCGCAUCUUUAGGACUACAGCAUCAGGGAGAACUGGCGACAACUGAACAGCUCAAGGGAUUUACAUGAAUGAAUGUCUCUAAUAAUGCUGUUCAACUCUACCUGCGAGGCUUAUGACAAUCCUGUGUACUACUUCUACAACAAGACUGGCAAGAACAUCAGCGCUGACUGGCGCGCGCACGACUAUGUGGUGGUCGGUCUCGGGCUCCCGAUUUGCAUCUUUAUUAUCCUGGCAAAUAUGUUGGUCAUAACGGCCGUAAUCAUCAACCGACAGUUCCACUUUCCCAUUUAUUACUUACUUGGGAACAUGGCCGCCGCUGACCUCUUCGCCGGCAUCUCGUAUUUCUACCUAGUGUUCCACACGGGGCCGUGGACCAUCAAGUUGUCCAUCAAAGAGUGGUUCGUCCGCGGGGCCUUGAUCAACAUGAGCCUGACCGCCUCUGUGGUCAACCUGCUGGCCGUGGCGGUGGAGCGCCACCAGACCAUCUUCACCAUGCAGCUGCACAGCACCAUGACCAAGUGGCGUGUGGUGAUGCUGAUCGUGUUCAUCUGGUUGGUGGCCGUGGUCAUGGGUCUGGUGCCCACCAUGGGCUGGAACUGUGUUUGUGACCUGUCGACCUGCUCCACGGUAGCGCCACUGUAUUCCCGCAGCUUCUUGGUGUUCUGGGCCGUCCUCAACCUCCUGGCCUUCUUCAUCAUGGUGGCCGUCUACACGCACAUCUUCAUCUACGUCCGCCGCCGGAAUCGGCUGAUGUCGCCUCACACGGAUCUGCCCACGCACAACCAGACCGUUAUCAGCCUCAUGAAGACCAUGUCCAUGAUUCUGGGAGCCUUUGUGAUCUGUUGGACGCCGGGUCUAAUGAUUCUCUUACUGGAUGGUCUCCGUUGCAGUGAAUGUGAGGUUCUUAAAUAUGAGAAGUACUGCCUGGUUCUGGCUGAGUGUAACUCUCUAAUGAACCCCAUCAUCUACUCGUUUCGGGACGAGGACAUGAGGAACACUUACAAACGCAUUCUCUGCUUCCCUUGGAGAAGAAUGCGCCAGCAUGAGGGGCCUUCUGGCAUCCGCUUCGAGUCUGUGAAAACAGGGGCUCCCCCUGAGAAAAACAACUAUAACUCCACCAGUUUAGAGCCCAUUUCUGAACAAAGCCUAUUGAAAUGAUUGAAAAAGAAUUUCUCGUUGUAAAUAAAUGACUUUGUAUUUGCUUAGUGAAAUGAUCACAGCGUGUACAAAGAGUAAAUACUUCAUUUUUGAUAAGCUU